AUGCACCAAAUGAGAUCGGAGUUGGAUCCGCUUAUGCGAAACCCACGUCAUUUACGCCAGAACCGGCUUAUUCCACUUGUGAUUGUCGAACCGAAUAGUGAUGCGGAUACGAAUAGCGAAGCAGAGAUUUCGGGAUCGCACAGUCGUUCCGUUCAACCGGAUGCAAUUGAUCGUGUUCUUGGAUUUAAUUAUGGCAGUGGUUCGCUGCCUUGCGUAAGAAGUCAGAACAACCGGACUAAUACUAACGUUCAAUUUCUCUCUUUACAAGAUCUAAACUCAACGCAUUGUGAUGGAAAACUAACUCCGUCACGUCGUUUCUCGUCAAUGACAGAAAUAACGAGUUGCAGUUCACCCGAUACUGCCCCGGACGAACCAUUUGAUCUUCCUUCCCCAGAUUCCAGAACUGAAAAUUCGGAAAGUUCAGACUACGCAUAUCGUCGGUCGUCGGAUGCAGAGAGAUUAAGCGAAGCUCGCACUUGGCCUCUGUGGUCGCCAUCAGCUGAUGUAGGCUUGUCGGAUGAGCAAACUGCAAUGCGAAUCCUGUCUUAUUGUCAUUCGCAUGCAUACAAUCCGAGUGAGUAUUACUGGUCUUAUAUGAACGCACCGAAGUGUAACAAUAACAGUGUUGCUCACGGACAUGGUAUUCCGGACUCCUCGGAUGAAAGCUAUUUAUACAGGUCAACAAUAACUGGUGUGGUCAACCGGAGGGGUUCUUUCUCCGACUCUCAAUCGAGUAAUGCUGGUGCGCGGAGCCUCACCACUCCACAGUCCGGGCUAUCUCCCUCGAUCUCAACAAGCACAGUAGGACCAGAAUACACAUCGUGGAUGCAACCGUGCAUCACAUCCCCCGAUGCAUUCUCCCUUCUCUUACCAUCACAUGGUCAUCUGUGUGAAUCACAAAUCUUAAUUGCACAUAGUAAAUCUACACCACACAUGGAUUAUAGGCCGGAAACGGAUCGGGCACCCCCGGUUCAGUCUGUUCCAUACCACCCAUUACCACUGAUCACGUUGUGUCGACCUGCAUCGAUGAAUGGGUUUGAUUGUGCACCAAUAGAAGACACUGUUGAUGAAUCCGUGGAUCCCCCAAAUCUCAGUGAUCGGAGUCAUUCUGGCGCAGAUCGAAGAAAGUCAGUGCCUAACUUCACCAUGCAUGCCCAACCGGAGCUCAGUUGUACCUCACUGCAUCCUGUCACAUGUCAUUCGGCCGAGACCAUCGCUCCGACCGCAAAACGUGCAACAUGUAGGGUGGGAUGCAGACACAGCUCAUUCAUUCGAGACCAGCCGGCCAAGCGUACCUGGUUCUCCAAGAACCGUACAAAGAAACUAAGUUUGCAGGAUAAUCGAACUUGGCUCAUUCCUUCCGAUCCCAUCGAACCCGAGUCAUCCAACUACUUGACCGUGCCCAAUACGAAUCCAGAUCUAUUGGCUUCCCGUAUGAUGAAUGCACGGACUCGUAAUCCACGUGAUUCCAACAAACCACGUGCCCUCUCUUUCGAUUUCGGAUCCGUUCUAGCGCACAAACGUGCUUCCAUGACCGGUGAUUCUACUUCGACCGGUAGCACAAGAAGUUCCACCGGUCAGUUGGGUGGAAUAACAAAUCACCUACUUCAUCGUCUCUCACUUCGUCGAUUGAGGUGA